CUGCGUACCGCAUCCGUGACAGGCAUAUAUGACUUGGAACGGGUGAAAUAUAACAUCCACCAGGAGCUGGGACACUUUUGUUGGUUGUACACCGCAUUGGACCAGGAAAGUUUGAUGAUAAUAAAUAAUGGACCAUUGGAGCUGGAUCCAUUUGUGGAGCGACUCCAUGAGUUGCAUGAGUUGUGCCGAAAGAUGGCACAUUUCUGCGAACUGCAUGAUCUUCGUGCAGCUCUUCUGGCUUGGAGACUACCGACGGAUGCGGCAGAGCUGCGCAUCUUCACAAAAAACUUCGUGGAGGAGAUCCAAGAGAAGAUCACGAGAGAGCUUCAUCGACGUGAGAAUCACGUCGAACAACUGAAGGUCUUCUCAGCCUGUUUGGAGAUAGAGGAGUUCGUAGCGGCCGCAAACAGAAGUUGA